AUGUCUGCUUCUGAUAAUAUUUUUUGCAUUCGAGAGAACUUUGACGAAUACGAUGAGUUCGAUUUGGAUUCACCGCUGGGACUUUUGAAUUCUACUGGAUACGAUAGAAGUCAACAUACUGUUAUCUACACAUUCGGUUUCAAAGGAAAAGCUAAUGGACAGUCUGUAAAAACGAUCGUAGAAACUUAUUUGCGAAUCGGCAAUAUCAAUAUCAUUCUCUUUAAUUGGGAAGAAGAAGCAACCGGACCUCUAGGAACAAUUUCAUACGGGAAUAUAGUUGCAAAAAAUGUCAAAAAGCUGGGCACAAAACUGGGAGACGUCUUGGUGAAAUUAGUAUUAGCAGGACUGGAUAUUAAUAAACUCCAUUUAAUCGGCUUUUCUCUUGGAGCACAACUUUAUGGAUACACAGGGCGACAAGUGAUGGCAAAUAAUUUAGAAAUUCCGAGAAUUACAGGUCUAGAUCCAGCUGGUCCUUUGUAUGAUGAAGGGUUCUUCGAAUCUCUAGACAAAGACAGCGCUGGCUUUGUGGACGUUUUUCAUACUAACCCAGGUGCACUAGGUAGUGAAAAGUCGCAAGCAACAGUUGACAUCUGGUUUAAUUGUGAACAGAAAUACCAACCCGGGUGUGAACUUGAUGAUGACCCAGGCUUGCGUCCUCACCGGGCCCUUGCGUUAUCCAGUAUGUCUGAUGGCUUCAUCUUUGGUCAAAUGUCAGGAAUGAUUAACGUCCUAAGAGAAGAUGACAGUCCAAUAUUCUUGUCGGAAGAUGAUGUAUCUUGGAUAGCGUCUAUAAUGAAUGUAACUUGCAUUGUGGGAUUCGCCAUUGUUGGAAUUAUCACUGAGAUUUAUGGCCGCAAGGUUACUUUGACAAUUGUAUCUUUCCCGGUAUUGUUGUGUUGGGCGAUGCUGUAUUUUGCUAAGGAGAAGUAUACAAUAUUAGCAUCCAGAAUAAUAGUUGGAAUAGCUUUUGGAGGCGUUCUUCCUUUAAUCUAUAUGAACAUCGGCGAAUAUGUUGCACCAAAUCGAAGAGCUUUGUAUGUAAAUUUGAUAGCAUGUGGAAUGGGAUACGUUGGAACAAUGCUCGGCCACAUUCUAAGCAUAUUUCUGGAUUGGAGGAACGUUGCACUAAUAGGAAUGAUUCCAACAGGAUUAUCUACAAUAAUACCUCUCUUUUGGGUGGAAAGUCCGUUUUGGCUUGCAAAUUCUGGACGAUAUGAGGAAUGUGAAAACGCAUUUAAAGCAUUGCAUGGAUCUAAUGAAAUCUCAAAUAAAGAACUUAAACAGCUUAUAAUCAAAUCAAAAACAACGUAG